UGAAAAAACAAAUAAAGCAAAAAAUAAAAAAGAAGUAUUUGUACAAGUCGGUGUCGGGGGGAACUUGGAGACCUCUACAAUAAAAAGCAGUAGUAGUGAUUAUUCCACCGAGUUGGUUCUUGCGGUGGAGCGAAAGAGAGAGACACCACAGCACCGUAAUUAAUUAAGGUUAAGGAUAAUGCCAAAGGCUACAAAGAAGAAUGGUGUAGCUGGGCACCAAGUGUUUAAGGACAGAGCGAAGAAUCGUGUGGAUGAUCUUCAGGGGAUGUUUUCUGAUCUUCAAUCUGCGAGGAAAGAGAGUCGGUCUAAUGAUGUAAUGUUGUUGGAGAAUCAAGUUCAUCAGAUGCUUAAAGAGUGGAAAUCUGAACUUAAUCAGCCCUCUCCUGCUUCCUCAUUUCAGGGUAGUGACAGUUUGGGGUUGGUCUCCUCUGAAAUUGAAAGACUGGUGCUGCAGCUUCGUGAGGAAGAAGAUGAUGCCACAAGUGGAUUAGGGGCAACAAAGCAUGAUCCAGAUGGGCCUACUGGGCAGCAGUUUGGCAGCAAUAUUGUUCACCAACAGUUUGAUGUUUCAAAUGUGCCACAUCAGCAAGGGUUUGAGUUGAUUGAUCAUUUUAAAGGAUCUCCUUCAGGAGCUAACAAUGUGGGAACUAACAGUAUGGGAGUUAAUAACAUGGCUGUUCCAACUCAGUUGGACUAUUAUGCAUUUGAUAUGCAUCAAGAGAUUGGACAGACUUUCAUCACUGGGUUUAAUAAUACUGCUUUUUGUAAUGAAGAUGUUUUACCUCAGAUAUCUGCUUUUCUUCCAAGUAUCUGCCCUCCACCUUCUGCUUUUCUUGGACCAAAAUGUGCACUAUGGGACUGUCCAAGGCCAGCUCAAGGGUGGAAUGAAGACUAUCAAGACUACUGCAGUACCUUUCACGGUGCUCUUGCACCAAUUGAAGGUAGUCCCGGUAUGACUCCUGUCCUGCGUCCUGGGGGAAUUGGUUUGAAGGAUAGUGUGUUAUUCUCAGCUCUUAAAGCAAAAGCAGAGGGAAAAGAUGUUGGUGUUCCAGUAUGUGAGGGGGCUGCGACUGCAAGAUCCCCCUGGAAUGUUCCUGAGCUCUUCGAUCUCACAGUUCUUGAGGGUGAAAUCAUUAGGGAAUGGCUCUUUUUUGAUAAGCCUCGUAGAGCUUUUGAGAGUGGAAAUCGGAAGCAGAGGUCCCUUCCAGAUUAUAAAGGACGGGGUUGGCAUGAGUCAAGGAAGCAGGUAAUGAAUGAGUUUGGAGGGCUUAAGAGAUCCUACUAUAUGGAUCCUCAACCAAUGGAAAAUCUCGAGUGGCACCUAUUUGAAUAUGAGAUCAGUAAGUGUGACGCUUGUGCACUAUAUAGGUUGGAACUUAAGCUUGUUGAUGGAAAGAAGAGUCCCAAAGGAAAGGAAGGAAAGGUUGGCAAUGACUCGCUUGCUGAUCUGCAAAAGCAGAUGGGAAGGCUUACUGCUGCUCCUCGAGAUAAGCGCUCUGUGAAGGGAAGGGCGAAAUCCAAUUUGAAAGAUGCUGCCCCAAAUGCCAACUCUGCUCCCAAUCAAACAACACCGACAAUUGAUGAGUUUGAUUAUGGAACUGUUGCACCUUGUGAUUAUCUUGUUGAAAAUCUGACUGGCUAUGGGGACUAUCUUACGUAGGCUGAAACCUGAUGCACUUGGAAUCAUUUACCAUAUAUUUAUUAAGCCCUGUUGCAUGUAUCCUAACAUGGCCGAUUAUAGGAUGUUCUGGUUCAUGUCAUUUGGUCUUUUCAAUCUCGUCAAUAGUACCUAAAAGAGUCUUACAUUGUCAAUAGUUCAUUGUCAACUGAUAUGCGGUUGCUCCAUCAAACUGUUUUUAAAGUUGGAGCGCGUCUUAAUUACUGGAAGAUGGUCUACAAUGACAUUUGACCUUUGCUGCUGUGGUUAACGCCUAAAGUAUUCAGGUAUUGACUGAACUGUGUGUUGGAUGCUCUAAUUAGUCCUAUAUAUUGUAGUAUUUUGGCUCCAUGACUUCCAUCAUAACCAUCUUGGAAGCAGAGUCCUUAUGUCUAACCUUCUGGUCUAUGUAAUGGUUUAUGACAUGCAUUCUUGAGUCUCAAGUAUCAUGAGAAGAAUGUUUGCGGUGUCAGUCAGUGUUUUACUGUUUCUCAGUGUCUGCUGUUCUACCGAUGGGGAUUUUGUAAGAUUAUUGUGCAUUAUCCAUUGAUCUGUCGGUUAAUAUUAUGUUUCUUUAACA